AUUUAAAAGUCUAUAGAAGUGUUCAAUGUGAAUGUGUUUGAUUUGUAAUUUGCAUUCCUUUUGAACGAAACAGCAGUCUUAUCUACUACAGUAGCUAAAAAUUUGAUUAAUAGUUUGUUUCUUCUAAAGGUUUAACCGAAGUCGAGUAACCAGUAUGAGCGGUGAACCCCAAGCGAAACGUACGAAAAUGAGUGUCCUGGAACAAUUAAAACAAUACUGCACGGUGGUGGCCGAUACCGGCGAUUUUGAAGCUAUGAAAGAAUACAAGCCAACAGAUGCUACCACCAACCCAAGCUUGAUUCUGUCUGCGGCUGCCAUGGAGCAGUACCAGCACAUACUUGACAAAGCUAUCAAAUAUGCCAAGGAGGUUGGCAGUACUGUGGAGGAACAAGUUGCCGAAACCUUGGACAUGCUGAGUGUGUUGUUUGGUUGUGAAAUUCUCAAAAUCAUUCCUGGCAGAGUGUCCGUAGAAGUUGAUGCAAGAUUGUCAUUUGAUAAGGAUGCAAGCAUUGCAAAGGCUAUCAAACUGAUCAACAUGUUUGCUGAGUAUGGCAUCAAGAAGGAGAGGAUUCUCAUCAAGUUGGCUUCUACUUGGGAAGGUAUUCAGGCAGCAAGGGAAUUGGAGAAGAAACAUGGAAUUCACUGUAACCUGACAUUGUUGUUCUCAUUGUACCAAGCUAUUGCUUGUGCUGAGGCCAAUGUAACACUCAUCUCACCAUUUGUUGGACGUAUCUUGGACUGGUAUGUCGAGCAUACAAAGAAGACAUAUGAAGGCAAGGACGACCCAGGCGUGCUAUCGGUCACUCGCGUGUACAACUACUACAAAAAGUUCGGCUACAAGACCCAAGUGAUGGGCGCCUCUUUCCGUAACACUGGCGAGAUUCGUGAGCUGGCUGGUUGCGACCUCCUUACUAUAAGUCCGAAGCUCCUGCAAGAGUUGGCUGCCAGUGAACAACCAUUGAAGAGAGUGCUGGAUCCUAAAUUUGCUGCCCAAUGUGACAUGGAAAAGAUUUCUCUAAAUGAGGCGCAGUUCCGUUGGCAUCUGAACGAAGACCAGAUGGCGACUGACAAGUUAUCAGACGGCAUCAGGAAGUUCGCUGCCGACACGAGAAAACUGGAAUCCCUCAUCAAAGCCCUCCUCGCUAAGAAGUAGAUGACGUCAUCAUUUACAAAUAGCUCUUGGGGUGUAGAGGCACAAUAGGGAUGUUUCCAGCCAGUCAAAUCAAAUAUUUCUUCCAAAUGUCAAAAUGUUAUAUUCUAUUUUUGAAUGCGAUUGUAAAUUGUGACGUCCUAAUUUUGAAGCGUCAACUAACUUAUUUUACAACGAAAUAUGAAAUCAAAUCAACCAAUGAUACAUCGAAUCGUGUCAUCGUGUGAGUACUGAUAAAUCGAAUUUGUUUUUGGCUUAGGAAACACCCCAAUUAUUAGGCUAAGCUAAAAAUAAUGUUAAGGAAAGAUCUACUUAAACUGUUUUUGAUAUAUUUUUACGUUUUUCUUUGAUCAUGUUUGAUAAACCUAUGUGUUGUUUUUUUUUACAAAGGUAUUAGAUUUUUAUAUUCUGAAAUGGGGACCACAAAUUGUUGAUACAUUCCUGUACAUAUUGUUUGUUGCAUAUUGGAGGGUUACAUAUUUUAAAUCAUUAAAUGAAUUACCUACCUAUUCA